CUUUCUUUCUUUCUUUCUUUCUUUCUUCGCUCUCAAACCUCAAAAAAGAUCUUCUUCUUCUUCUUCUUCUUCUUCUUCUUCUUCGUCUCUGUUUGUAUUCAACACAUAUAGUGAUGGAUCGAGGAGACUAACAAAAUCAUUUCGAAGCCAUAGUGUUUACACCGCAGCUUCUUCUUUACUCGCAAAAAAACAAUGCUUGGUUUGGGAUCAAGUUCUCGAGAAUUGGUUGAAUUCGUGUUUCGCCAUUUCUAGCUCUUUUAGUAGUAUGUUCUUCAAGAGAUGCAAUUAGAGCUUAGUGAUGAUUGAUGAUGAUGAUAGGAAGAAGGAACAUGUUUUAUUCGACGAAUCAACAACAUCAUCCGACGAAAUCGUAGCAGUUGAGAGAAGGGAUCGUGUUUUGGAGGAAGGACAAGUUUCAGAGAUAGCUGAGAGUGAUGACGACGACGAAACUACUCUUCUCGUUUCUGGAGAUCAACCGCAAUGUCGGAUUUGCCUUGAUGUCGGAGGGGAAGAUCUGAUUGCUCCCUGUAAUUGUAAAGGUACUCAGAAGCACGUUCACAGAUCUUGUCUCGAUAACUGGCGUUCCACCAAGGAAGGUUUUGCAUUUUCGCAUUGUACAGAGUGUAGAGCCUUCUUUAAACUCCGAGCCAAUGUGCCUGCUGAUAGAUGGUGGUUGAGAUUGAGAUUUCAGCUGCUGGUUGCUAGAGAUCAUGCCUUCAUCUUCAUUUCUGUCCAGAUGAUUGUAGCAUUCUUGGGGUUACUAGUAUACAAGUUCUACGGUGAAGAACUACGAGAAAUGUUUGGUUAUGAGGAACAUCCUUAUGGGUUCUACACAUUGGCUGUUUUGGCCAUUGUCUUGGUAGGACUGCUUUACGGGUUCUUCAUUGCCAUUAUAUGUGGUCAAAGGAUCAACGAGCGGCAUUACCAUGUUCUUGCCAAACAAGAACUCACAAAGGAAUAUAUAGUGGAAGACCGCGACUGCAAGAAUGUUCCUGAGCUUGACCAGAGUCAUGUGAUGGAACUAAAAAUGUUGGGACUUUAUUGAACGUAUAGUACAAGAGAAGAGCUUGCUGGAUCUUUACUCUUCAUUUCACCUGUAAAUUAUACUCUUCAUUGAUUUAUAUGGUUGUUUCACCAAGAUUUUGUCAUCUCCUAGUUGGGUUUUUUUUUGUUAUAUAUUUCUGAUGCAAAUAUAUAUCUGUACGAGUACACAUAUCAGAAGUAAUUUGGUUUACAGGUUUACAAAGUAAA